AUGGCUGGCGUUAGUAAACAAAGUCAUGGCAAAGACGGUGGGUUGGUUGAAAGUUCUAGGUUGGAGGAGAAGAAAAAGAUACCUGACCGAAACGAAUGGCGUGAGACUCUCGAAUACACAAUUAAAUUGACGGCUGAGAUGAGAAAGCAGAGAAAAACUUGCUGUGAAAAUAAAAGAAAGAAAAACUUUUGUUUAAGUAAUCCCUUAAAAAAAUUAACAACUCCAUUCAUUGUUCUCUUAAUGGCUUCAUCCAAGUCGAACAAAGAUAUUUGCACGUAUCGUGGUUUUGGCUUCAUUCGAGUUUUGUCAUUGGUAUUUUUGGAACGUGCUGAGAACACUGGACGUUUUUAUUUGGUCUUUUGGUGCACUAGCGAGUGCACAGCGGAAGUGAUUUUAUUGGCCGACAAAACACCGAUAAAUUCAUAG